CAGAGACAAACUACAGAAGCAAACAUGGCGGCCUUUGGAAGGUUUUUGAAGAACGCGUGGAAUAAGGAGCCUGUAGUCACAGCUGCCUGUGGACUCGGACUUCUGGCUUGUAUUGUGCCGGUUUUGAGCCCCUUUACAAAGUACACAGGAAUGCUGAACGCUGCAAUUCCAUACAAUUAUCCAGUCCCAGUGCGAGAUGAUGGAAACAUGCCGGACAUUCCAGCGCACCCAACUGACCCACAAGGGGAAAACCUGGAAUGGCUGAAAAACCUGUGAAAAAAGUCCUUCACAAUCCUGUACAGUCCACACCCACCUUUUCUUCUGUCCUGUUACCAGCUUGCUCUCAAUAAAAGCUGUUAAUUUAAUUA